AUGGAAGGAGAUGAUAUGGAGGAAAAUGGAGGAAUGGCACAUCUCAUGAUAAAGCCGGAAGAUGUUCCGCAAAUAAAUGAGGAAACCAGCGUUCCUAUUGUUGAAUCGAACGACGUAGAUAUAAUAGAGACGGCUACGGAACCACCAGCAGUUGAGGAGACGACGAUGCUUAAAACAGUUGACGAUAAAUCCGUGUGUCAGAUCAAGCCUUCAGAAGGCCGCACUUGUCGCGAAGACGAGCAGCCACCACGAACAAAUCUACACUACUUCUACUCGCCCAAAGAUCGUCGGUGCAAACUUUACUUUUACCGCGGUUGUGGUGGAAAUGCGAACCGCUUUGAAAAGAAAUCCGACUGUGAACGGCUCUGCUUACAUUAG